AGGAGGAGGAGGUGGAGGAGGAGGCGGCUCGGGGAGAGCGAGCAGCGAGCUGGACCGCGGAGCGUGAGUGAGGGAGCCGAGCCGCCUGCCUGCCUGCCCGCCGCCGCCUCCCCUCCGUAAGCAGGAGCCCGGGCCGGGGCCCGGCACGCCGCCCCAGCCCCUCCCUCGUCGUCAGGCCGCGAGGGCAGCGCGCGCGAGCCAGGGGGAGGGAGAGCGAGCGAGCGAGCGAGCUAGCGAGCGCCGGGAGGAGGCGGCCGGACCGAGCGAGCGCCCGCGCGUGUGGCGUGAGGGGAAGCCGCUGCCCGCCCCCUUCGCCUUCCCUUCUCUCCCCCUCCCCGCUCCCCCCCCGACCGCGGAGCAGCACCAUGUCGGCGCCGGCGGCCAAAGUCAGUAAAAAGGAGCUCAACUCCAACCACGACGGGGCCGACGAGACCUCAGGUGAGGAGCAGGCGAGGCGGGGGCCGGCCCGCGCCGCCAUCUUCGCCGCCCGCCCGGCCCGCAGAACGUGGUUUUUCAUUUGCUUCAGACUUAAUGAACAAGCCAGUGAGGAGAUUUUGAAAGUAGAACAGAAAUAUAACAAACUCCGCCAACCAUUUUUUCAGAAGAGGUCGGAAUUGAUCGCCAAAAUCCCAAAUUUUUGGGUAACAACAUUUGUCAACCAUCCACAAGUGUCUGCACUGCUUGGGGAGGAGGAUGAAGAGGCUCUGCAUUAUUUGACAAGAGUUGAAGUGACAGAAUUUGAAGAUAUUAAAUCAGGUUACAGAAUAGAUUUUUAUUUUGAUGAAAACCCUUACUUCGAAAAUAAAGUUCUCUCCAAAGAAUUUCAUCUGAAUGAGAGUGGUGAUCCAUCUUCAAAGUCCACUGAAAUCAAAUGGAAAUCUGGAAAGGAUUUGACGAAACGUUCAAGUCAAACGCAGAAUAAAGCCAGCAGGAAGAGACAGCAUGAGGAACCAGAGAGCUUUUUCACCUGGUUUACUGACCAUUCUGAUGCGGGUGCAGAUGAGUUAGGAGAGGUCAUCAAAGAUGAUAUUUGGCCAAAUCCUUUACAGUACUACUUGGUUCCUGAUAUGGAUGAUGAAGAAGGGGAAGGAGAAGAAGAUGAUGAUGAUGAUGAAGAAGAAGAAGGAUUGGAAGAUAUUGAUGAAGAAGGAGAUGAGGAUGAAGGUGAAGAAGAUGAAGAUGAUGAUGAGGGGGAGGAAGGAGAGGAGGAUGAAGGAGAAGACGACUGAUGGAUUCCAACCUUCCUUUUUUAAUUUUCUCCAGUCCCUGGGAGCAACUUGCAGUCUUUUUUUUUUUUUUUCCCCCUCCUCUUGUGCUCAUUCGCCCUGUUUUUUGAAGUCUCUUUUCUCUCCCUUUAUACCAUGGUUCUCAACUUAUUUUGGGGGGAAAUACCUUGAGCAGAAUACAGUGGGAAAAGAAUCUCUACCCCUUUCUGUUCCAAAUUCAUUUUUAUCCCUUCCUGUCUCAACAAAAACUUUAUGGAAUCAACACCACCGUGCUCUGUGGGAAAAAAGAAAAACCUUCUGCUCCCUUAGCUCUGCUGGAAGCUGGAGGGUGCUAGGCCCCUGUGUAGUAGUGCAUAGAAUUCUAGCUUUUUUCCUCCUUUCUCUGUAUAUUGGGCUCAGAGAUUACACUGUGUCUCUAUGUGAAUAUGGACAGUUAGCAUUUACCAACAUGUAUCUGUCUACUUUCUCUUGUUUAAAAAAAAGAAAAAAAAACUUAAAAAAAUGGGGUUAUAGAAGGUCAGCAAAGGGUGGGUUUGAGAUGUUUGGGUGGGUUAAGUGGGCAUUUUGACAACAUGGCUUCUCCUUUGGCAUGUUUAAUUGUGAUGUUUAACGGACAUCCUGGCAGUUGAAGAUGACACUUUUAAAAUAAAAUUCUCUCCUAAUGAUGAUUUGAGCCCUGCCACUCGAUGGGAGAAUCAGCAGAACCUGUAGGAUCUUAUCUGGAAUUGACAUUCUCUUGUAAUUUUGUUCCUGUUUAUUUUUAAAUUUUCUUUUUGUUUCACUGGAAAGGAAAGAUGCUCAGUUUUAAACGUUAAAAGUGUACAAGUUGCUUUGUUACAAUAAAACUAAAUGUGUACACAAAGGA